CAAACCCGAAUUUUCUCGGCCGAUAAUCCCCUCUGAAUCUCUGCCGGAAGAGACAAUUUCAUCUCUGUUUCUACUCCGAUUCAUUGCCGGAAGGGGGCAACGAGUUCAGAUUAUCAAGAACUUGGAGCUAUGGCGGCGGCGAAUGCAAACCCCAACACUCUCACGGCGGUGCCGUCGCCUAAGAAGCCGGCAAACCCAGCGAAGACCGUCGAUACUCAUUCCGUUAUCAAAAGGUUGCAAUCUGAACUGAUGUCCCUAAUGAUGAGUGGUGACAGUGGAAUAUCAGCAUUCCCUGAAGAAGACAACAUAUUGUGCUGGAAGGGGACGAUUGCGGGUAGCAAAGAUACGGUUUUUGAAGGAACCGAAUACAAGCUUUCUUUGGCCUUUCCGAAUGAGUAUCCAUUCAAGCCCCCAACUGUGAAAUUUGAGACGGCUUGUUUUCAUCCGAAUGUGGAUGUUCAUGGGAACAUAUGUUUGGACAUUCUUCAGGACAAAUGGUCUUCUGCAUAUGAUGUUAGGACAAUACUACUUUCAAUCCAGAGUUUGCUUGGAGAACCAAACAUAAGCUCUCCUCUAAACUCUCAAGCAGCAGCACUAUGGGGCAAUCAAGAAGAGUACAGAAAGAUGGUGGAGAAGCUAUACAAGACAACAAUGGAGAUCUCAAAAUCUUAAGCCCCUGUUUGGAGAAGAUUUUCAUGAUAAUCUUUCUUGGUAUCAAUGAUUAGGGCAGGAUAAAUCAUGGCUGCCCAUUGCUUGCUUGGACAACUAUGGUUUACAAUAAAUCACUUUCAAACUGUGUAGCAUAAACUACCAUUGUUUUCUUCUUCCAAUCAGAUUAAACUUUUGUGGUUUUUGUAUUUUAUAUGGUGCCUAAAAUUGGGCAAACAUUGGGCUUGAGAUAUUAUUGUGGAUCAUAAUUGAGAUUUAGUCAUUUGUUGAUCUUCAUUCUUUUUACACAGAAUGUAUUGUGGAUCAUAAUUGAAAUUUAGCCUAAAGCGCAUUUAGAGCUUGUUCG